AUGACCUUUGAGCUGUCAUCAAGACCCAAGGGCCAAGAGCAGUGUGCCAAACUCAUGGCAGAUGUCUACUUCUGUGAUUCAGCCCUGACCAGGGUCUCAGGAGCCAAAUUUCCCAAGUGGAGGCUACAAAAAGUCUUGUGGCCCCCCCAGCCAUCAUCCUGUGAAGCCCAUCAGUUUUCUCGUAUCUACACACUCCAGUGUGUCCCCCUCUCUGGGAAAUGUAACAGACAGGAAGACUGCAUAGAUGGCUCUGACGAAAUGGGUUGUUCUCUCAGCCCCCCGCCUCAGCGCUGUGGUGAAAUGGAGUUCCAGUGCUCCAGCAACGAGUGUAUCCCAUCUCUCCUGCUAUGUGAUGGAGUGUCCGACUGCCACUUUAAUGAAGAUGAAUCCAGCUGCUAUUAUGCAUAUGAGUGA